AUUCUCCAUUGUGGUUGCAUCUGCUGAGUUACAUGUUGGUGACCCUUUUUUAUUUGGAAUUCCAAGAUGGACCAGUUGCUGCCUGUUAUGGCAUCAUGCUCACAAGGACGACUUGUUGCUUGUGACUGCUUGAAAAAACAGAAACAUCCACACUCAUCAUUCAGAAUGACAAGAAUUGUACAUAGGAAUUUGAUAGUCUUGAAUCACCCUUACCGAAGAUGUUAACUGGUUCCUGUUGUCUUUGACUUGGUUAGAUUGCUUACGGAGGAAUCCUAUGGUUCAUGUAGAAUUUACCAGGGUGUGAAUCUGUCAAGUCCCUGAUUUUGAAAGGCAGAUGAUUUAAACCAUUGUGGCAUCUUCAAGCAGUAGGUCUAGUCUGGGGCGAUGUCAUUGCUGUAGGGAGAAUUUUACCAUUAUUUGGAUUAGUAGGUCUAGAGCUGGUUAGUGGUUACUGGUUACAAAUGAUGCCUACCUGGUGCCUUGAAGUCAGGAAAUCGAGUGUCUACCUUUCCAGGUACCUGCAGAAAGUAGAGAACAGACGCCAUUAUAAUGGACCUUGCUGGUGAUUGUUUCAACCAAGAAGUGGUGACGAAUUUGUUGUUUGUAAUGAGUUGAACUGGUUUUUUUUCUCCCUUUGUGAGCUCUUUACGCUGAAUCUGUGGAGCUUCAACUCUUCAAGCUUGCAGUCAUUCUAGACGUGUCUGCAAAACGUACAAGGGGCAUCACUACGGUGGCAUGGCUGCUUGCUUGUGUUCUGUUCACCUUCGGUGAGGUGGUGAUGCACCUGCUGUUGGAAGUGAGGUGGAACUCCCUUGAGGCUUUGUUAGCGGCGGCGUAACUGGAUUCCACUGUUCAAUGGACUCCGAACUGCUGCUUGUAAGCCUCUUCCAUUUUCUAGGGGAAGAGUUAUGUCAGUUUAGGCGACUUCUGAUUUUCAUUCUUACGAAGAAUUAUUUUCUGUUUUGGCUGGAAACCCAUGGGCCAUGGAACGAUUAUCUAUAAUCGUCAAUCAUGAGGCAAGCGAGAACUGUUCUCGGCAUAUCAUAUGCUGUUUGCGGCGUCAUCAGCACACACAAUUUUCUCGCCAUAUCAAAACAGAGCAGCACACCGUUAACCAAGUACUACUAGAAGAGUCGCAGGCACAACGGUGUACGCUGUAGUGAUCUUUCCUUCGGGGUAUGAACCAUCGCCAUGGCCAGUUAUUGUGAGCUCGAUCACACUGCCAGCAUGUGCUCCUCACACAAAGGGCCUUGCCAACUGAACCGUUUCGCCUGCGGUGCUGGAUCUGGGAUAGAUAGUCGGCGUUUUCGGCGUCGAUUCUGAGAGCGCCCAGCAUCUCCCUCCCCCUGCUUCUUCACUCCUGCAGCGGCAGCAACCGCCUCCAAUCAGAGCGGGCCUGCCGAUCGAUGAUGGCGCUGACACAGCCGCAGUCGGAGAAGAAGGCCGCGCGGGCGAGGCCGAUGUCGGGGAAGGCUGUGCUCGUGCUCUGCGCCGCCAGCUUCUUCGUGGGGCUGCUCCUCAGCGGACGGAUGACGAUCCUGACGUCGCCGCCGUCGGCCACCCGCGGCGCCUCGUCUUCCUCCGGCCACGGCUCCAGGAUUGCUCUCUUCCCCGACGACGACUGCGAGCACAGGCGUAAGCUAGAAGAAGGGAGCAACCCGAACGAUGUCAUGAAAGAGGUGUCAAGAACGCACCAAGCUAUCCGGUCGCUGGACAAGUCGGUGUCGUCGCUGGAGAUGGAGCUGGCGGUGGAGCGCGCCAAGCGGAACGGCGGGCUGGGCGCGUCGGUUCCGUCAAAGGGCCUCCCCAAGGCGUUCGUGGUCGUCGGCAUCAACACGGCCUUCAGCAGCAAGAAGCGGCGCGACUCGCUCCGCGACACCUGGGUGCCCCGAGGCGAGAAGCUCCGGCGGCUGGAGAAGGAGAAGGGGAUCGUGGUGCGGUUCGUGAUCGGCCACAGCGCGACGCCCGGCGGCGCGCUGGACCGGGCCAUCGACGUGGAGGAGGCGGAGACGCGGGACUUCAUGCGGCUGGACCACGUGGAGGGGUACCACGAGCUGUCGUCCAAGACCAGGAUCUACUUCGCCGCCGCCGUCGCCACCUGGGACGCCGCCUUCUACGUCAAGGUCGACGACGACGUCCACGUCAACCUGGGCAUGCUCACCAACAGGCUCGCCCGGUACAGGACGACGCCCAGGGUCUACGUCGGGUGCAUGAAGUCCGGCCCCGUGCUGUCGCAGAAGGGCGUGAAGUACCACGAGCCGGAGUCGUGGAAGUUCGGAGACGAGGGGAACAAGUACUUCCGCCACGCCACGGGGCAGAUCUACGCCAUCUCCAGGGACCUCGCCUCCUACAUCUCCAUUAACCAGCCGAUACUGCACCGGUUCGCAAACGAGGACGUGUCGUUGGGCGCGUGGCUCAUCGGGCUCGAGGUGGAGCACGUCGACGACCGGAGCCUCUGCUGCGCCACGCCGCCAGACUGCGAGUGGAAGAAGCAGGCCGGGAACGUGUGCGCGGCGUCCUUCGACUGGUCCUGCAGCGGCAUCUGCAAGUCCGUGGACAGGAUGAGGGCCAUCCACAGCGCCUGCGGCGAGGGCGACGGAGCCGUCUGGAACUUCGCCGCCGCCGCCUGACCAAGAUACGGCAGCAACGUACGUGUAGACCAGCUCACCAGCCAUAGAUGCUGCAGGGUCGGCAGCAUGUGCUUUUGGCGAUCGGUUCAUGCUUUUUUUGUGGCGCUUUGGAAGUUGCAACCUCUAAGGUUUUGUACGCUCCCACCAACAAUGGCUAAUGGUUUGUGUCGUCCUUGAAUACUUGUUAGGAUCCCAA